CAACAUAUUGACGAUCAGCUGUUAGCGAGCGUGACCGCUGUCACCGGUGACAGUUGUUUUGUGUCAUUCAGCUGAUUCGUGCUGAAGGAAAUGCAACGAUUUUGUCACUUUAUUAUUAUCGUAUUUAAAUGUAAGAUGGUUUAGUGAAAAACGAAGUAAGAAAACUGAUCAAACAAUAGUAAUGCAUCCUAAGAAGAAUUAACAUUAAUUUAAAUUUUAUUGUAAUGGUAAUCAAUAACGAUAUACUUUGAUACUUCGCUCGGAGCUGUGUACAACAAUUAUAAUAAUUAAAGAACCGUGUAAGACAACGUUAAAACAAUGUCAAGUUAAUGAUAGAAAUUGUGGAAUCGUAAUACUUUUUGGUCUGGAUAGUUAAAUAAUGGCUGCAAAGAUAUAUCAACCCGAUCAAGAGCUGGAAACAAAAGUUAAAAAAGCAACGGAACGCAUAUCGGAGAACAUGCACAUUGUAGCGAAUGAGCCAUCACUUGCCUUUUAUAGACUGCAAGAACACGUGAGAAAAGCAUUGCCACCAAUGGUGGAAAAACGUGUGGAAGUGCUAGCACUACAGCAGCAGUUACUGGGCAGAUGCUACGAUGUGGAGUAUGCGGUCAGCGCUAUCAAAACCAUGCAAGGAGCUGGAAAGAGCUUCGAGAAUACCUUAGAGUUUAUAAAGAACGCCAUAUUCUUCAAACAGCAGCUCAAGUACGAGGAGCAGAAGCGACACAAGAAGGAUGGCAACAGAGAUUCCGUCUAUAAAAGACUGUCAGCGCACAUACCCACGUUGGAUCACUUGCCGGAUGAAAUAUCCGAUGUCGUGCGAGAAACGGCGAAUCGCGUGGAAUCGAUAAUGAAUCAUGCCAGACACUCAAGCGAGGUACAAAGAUCAGCGACCAUUCACAAUUAGAAAAAACUACAAUAGAACAUUUGGUUUUCUGUAAUAAUCGAUCAUGAUAAUGCAACAAGUUUAUAUAAAUUGCUGUACAUGACGCUGUCCAUAUCAACAGUUCCUUCAUGUCCUUUACAGACACUUAUACAGUUCGCCGAGUUUUCUGCUAUCUUCCAAUUCCAGAUCAUACAGUUGCUUUCCAUUGACGUACUCACAAAAACAGUUUUCUCAUCAUCAAGAGAUAUCCAUGUCAUUGCUUUCAAAGUCCAUGUAUGUCCGGGUAUCACAAGAUAGUGUGUGCCUUUCAAAUUCCACAUGUAUAAUGUGUUGCUAUAAGAACCGGUUUUGGUUGUGAAAAAUCCAUUUUCCACAAAGAGCAAUGGCUGAAAUCCAAUCAUCUUGUAUGAGACUUCAGUGAAAACGAACUGCAGUUCAUUUUAGCAUCAAAGCUUCAGUUUGUUUUCACUGGGGCAUAUAUGUAAUUCAACAUAUGUACAUAAAUAACUCAAUAACGGCUGUUGAAUUAAACACAUUAGUAAAUAAUCUUAUGAAAAAUUGUGAUGGAUGUGCAGGAUCAAGUGGAGUUUGAUUUUCUGGCAUUGUGUACCUCUGUGUUUUGCUUUUAAAUCUAACUACUACUAUUAAUUAUAUUAAUAAAUUACUAUUUAUUUUACAGUUUGUAUUUUUAUUUUACGGAGAUUCUUCUAUCAUUUUUUAUUUUUACGUUUUUGUUGCCAAUUCUGUUUCAACUCUUCACUGAUUCUAUAAUCAAUUGAUCAUUUUGGAAUUAUACAGUGUAUAAUAUUGUUAUAUAAUAUUGUUAAUACGUAAUAAUAAAUGUAAUUAUAUAU